UCUACGUAUAAAAAGACGACGAGGUUCCUGAAACGACUCCUCCAGCACGAAAACAGAUCUCGAGCGAGGGAAGAACCGGAUCUCGAUCCCCAUCCCGCGAUGUCGUCUGCCUUUGACAGCCUUAGCCAUGACGGCGACGACGACGCCGCGGCAUCGGGCGGGAGAGGCGCCACUACCCGCCCCUUCGACGACGGUUACCUCGGCUACAACCCCCGCCUCCCCUCCCAGCGUUUCGACUCCUUCUCCACCUUCUCCCCUUCCGAAGACGCCGACGACCCCGCUCCGCCCUCUCAUGCUUUCCCCGUCGACGUCGCCUCUGGCGGCGCUGGAGACGGCUUCGUCUUCCACUCCGACGACGCCUCAGUUCACGUACAACAACUGGCCAUUAGCGACGACCACGGUAUCUCGGUCUCCGACGAAGGGUACGGCUUCUCGACGGCGGCGGCGUCCCCCUUCACGAUGCCCCAGGCAAAUGGAACGGCGCAUGGCGUGGAGGAGAACGGAGAGAUCUUCAGGUCGGAUGGCCCUAUCCUUCCCGACCUCGAUCAGAUGCAGAUGGAAGAGGGUUUCCUCCUGAGGGAGUGGCGCAGACAAAAUGCAAUUCAGCUGGAGGAAAAAGAGAGAAAGGAAAAAGAUUCUAGAAAUGAAAUCAUUUCUGAAGCUGAACAAUACAUACAAGCUUUCUAUGAGAAGAGAAAAAUAAACUGUGAAACAAACAGUGUGCAGAACACAGAGCGAAGCUAUGUCUCGCCAAUCAGGAGAAGUUCCAUGCAAAUGCAGAUAAGCAAUACUGGAAAGCUAUUUCUGAGUUCAUCCCCCAUGAGAUAGCCAGCAUUGAGAAGAAGAGAGGAAAGCAAGAACAGGAGAAGAAACCUUCCGUUGUCGUGAUCCAGGGACCAAAACCUGGGAAGCCCACUGAUCUGUCUAGGAUGCGGCACAUUUUGGUCAAGCUGAAGCAUACUCCACCACAUAUGAAACCUCCAACAGCACCACCACCACCACCACCGGUAGCUGCUCCUGCCAAGGAUGCAAAAGAUGGUGCAGCAACACCUGCCUCAGAUGCCCAACCUAAUGGUGCUGCAGCUAUAACAAAGGUUGAAAUCCCUGCAACUGAAAGGCAAGGAAUGAAGGCACCAGAGCUAGUCGCCACUGCUUGAUCCCCCACCCAAUUUUAUGUCAUACUGUAUUUUAUUCACUACGAGAACCAACUCGUAGCAGUGCGAGUUCCUUCAAUGGCCACCCACCUGCAUUUUCGGUUCGCGAAUUGGUUUUUAGCUGUCUCAUUAUUCUACUUCUUUUGAUAAUUUUGAUUUCAGCAUCCUUGCAUUCUCCACUGUGCUCGAUUGUGUUGUACACUCAACAAUCAAUCAAUUUCUUGGUAAAGUUAGACACUUUCUGAAAUUACA